UGCCUCUCCUAAUGGCUCUGCGGUGAGUCGGUCCGUCAGUCAGUCGGGCUGACAGGAUGAGUCUCCUCUCAUUGACUGUCGGCUACUGUAGGAACCGAGCCCGGACGCUGAGCCGAAACUUUUCCUCUGGAUUUACUGCAUCUACUUUUCGCUUCUUCGUGGUUCUCACGUCGAAGAAAUCACUCAUCCAAAGAAGAUGCGGAGGUUUACAUCAACACAUUUUCCAAGUUACUCGGUUACUUAGCUCAAGGAAACCGCCAAAAGAUGGAAAUAUAAAAGAAGAGUCUGGUGGAAGGGAAUGGCAGGACUCAAAUAAUGGGAAGGACCAAAGACGAAAACGAUGGAAGAGAGGGGAAUCAUACUGGUGGUCACGCUUUCAGGAGGAAUUUCCCUUUGAUGAUAAAACGGUCCAGAACCUGGCAGCCGGUGCAGCAGGCAUGGCCUCAGCUUUCUUGUACUUUCACUUUAGAGAAACAGGAGUCCAGAUCUCCUGGAAGGAUUUUGUGCAUCACUACUUGAGCAGAGGCUUGGUGGGCCAUGUCGAGGUUGUCAACAAACAGUACGUCAAAGUAUUUCCUGCCCCCGGCGUGAACACAUCACGAGUGAACUAUUUGUGGUUCAACAUUGGCAGCGCAGACUCAUUUGAGCAUAACCUGCAGCUAGCACAGCAGGAAAUGGGUCUGGACUCCACUCAGAAAGUACCUGUGCUCUACAGCAGUGAAAGUGAUGGGACUCUGUUUUUGAGUGUUCUCCCAAUCUUACUUGUGGUCGGAUUUUUACUUUUUGCAACACGGCACGGGCCGAUGGCAGGAGGACUUGGUGGUUGGGGGAGAGAAAGCCUCUUUGGGAUAAGUGAAUCCAAAGCCAGGAUAAUUAAAAAGAACGUCAGUGUGCGUUUUAAAGAUGUUGCAGGGUGUGAGGAGGCCAAACAAGAUAUCUUGGAGUUUAUCAAUUUCCUGAAAAGCCCACACCAGUAUCAUGACCUGGGUGCUAAAAUCCCUAAGGGUGCAGUGCUAUGGGGUCCAUCUGGAAAUGGGAAGACUUUGCUAGCUAAGGCCACUGCAGGAGAGGCCAACGUUCCUUUCAUCGCAGUCAACGGCUCGGAGUUCCAGGAAAUGUUUGUUGGUGUGGGUCCAGCAAGGAUAAGAGAUUUGUUUGCCACAGCUAGAAAAAAUGCUCCUUGCAUUCUUUUCAUUGAUGAGAUUGACGCGAUCGGCAGAAAGAGGGGCAAAGAAAACUUUGGUGACGAGGGCGAGCACGAGAACACCCUCAACCAGCUGCUUGUGGAAAUGGAUGGAUUCAACAGCAGCGCUAACAUAGUGGUUUUAGCUGCCACGAAUCGAGCCGAUAUCCUGGAUCCAGCUCUGAUGAGGCCUGGACGCUUUGAUCGACAUGUAUACAUAGGUCCUCCAGAUAUGAAAGGCAGGGCAUCAAUCUUUAAGGUGCAUUUAAGACCUCUGAAGUUGGACUCCAGUGUAGAUGUAGAGACGCUGGCCAGGAAUCUUGCUGCUUUAACCCCAGAUUUUACUGGGGCUGACAUUGCAAAUGUGUGUAAUGAGGCAGCGCUAAUAGCUGCACGUCAUCUCAGCCAGUAUGUCAGUAGCAAACACUUUGAGUGGGCAGUUGAAAGGGUUGUUGGAGGUCUAGAGAAAAGAUCUCAGGUUCUGCAACUUCCAGAAAAAACUACUCUGGCAUAUCAUGAAGCUGGGCAUGCUGUCACUGGGUGGUUUCUUGAACAUGCAGACCCACUUUUUAAGGUGUCACUUGUUCCCAGAGGGACAGGUUUGGGCUACGCACAGUAUCUACCUAAAGAGCAGUACCUAUUCACACAGGAGCAGCUGUUUGACAGAAUGUGCAUGAUGCUGGGUGGUCGAGUGGCUGAGCAGGUUUUCUUUCGUCAAAUCACCACCAGGGCACAAGAUGAUCUCAGGAAAGUCACACAGUCUGCCUAUGCACAGAUUGUACAGUUUGGAAUGAAUGGGGCGGUGGGUCAGGUUUCUUUUGACCUACCGCAAUGGGGCAGCCUUAUAACUGGCAAACCUUUCAGUGAAUCUACAGCCCAGCUUAUAGACCAGGAAGUUCGCUCACUCAUAGACGCUGCCUUCCAACGAACACUUGAGCUCAUACUUGACAAGAAGGAAAUGGUGGAGAAGGUGGCAAAGCAUCUUCUAGACCAAGAGAUCCUAGACAGGGCUGACAUGGUGGAACUGCUAGGACCUCGCCCCUUUCAAGAGAAGUCCUCAUAUCAAGAGUUUGUUGAUGGCUUGGAGAAAUCUAAAGAAGACACUUUUCUACCUGAAGGACUAACAGACUGGCAAAACAACAAAGGAGAUAAAAAACACCUGCAGAAUCGGCAAAACACAUCAGCCCUUUACCUGUAGGUUGUCUUUAAGGUUGUCUCUCAUGUGCGGCAUCAUCUGGUCCGGACUGCAGUUUGUCAGAGGUCUGUUAGUGGUUCAUGUGACUGACAACCUCAGGACAAAAGAUGGUGAUGUGUUGCCCAGGUUUUUGUGCAAUCUGCAAUUUUUUUCAUUGUAGUUUUUAUGUAAAAGUGCACUUUUUUGCUGCAGUUGCCUUAUGUUUCUUUUUCUCCACUCUGUUGAAGUCCCUAAGUGCAAUAAUACUAACAAAACAUACCAUCAAUAAUUAGAAGAGAAUGUUAUUAUAUAAUUAUUAGAAGGGAAUAAGCCAUCAUGCUAUGUUCUUAUCAGCAGCAGGAACCAUGUGUUAAGUUUUAUUUUGAGGCUUGUAUUUUCAUACAGUUUUCUAUUCUAUCCUAUUAUUUGCCACAUGUUUAAAUUUCAGAUCUAUUUGAUUGUUGAUUAUUUUAUAUUUCAAUCCUUUUGCAGAUGUUGUUUUCCUUGGAGUCUGCGUAUAUUUAUCAGUAAAGGUAAUUAGAAAUCAGUCAAUGUUUUGUAGCUUUCUCUCUGCGCAUAUAGUCCAGCAAAUGUUAGCUAAUCAAAUGUACUUGAGGCUAUGUUUUCCUUUCCAGUGUCUCAUAAUAAUAAGGGUAAACAUUUAUGUAGAUAUAAGAACUUUGGAUUAGCUCUGGGAAAGUUUAGCUCAGUAUGGGUCAUAUUGUUCUUCUUGUCUCUGUGUUACAAACUGUCCCUUAGAAUAUAUGAAAAUAUCGCCUGCAUAGUUCACUGGUCAAAGUAGUGAUUAAGAAAGAUUUUUGUCCUUUUAUUCUUUCAAAACUAUGCUUUUAUCACAUUUAAUGAGGAUAAAGGAAAUUAGCAACAGCUUAAAGUAAUAUGAACACUAAAGUAUUUGUUUGGUACUGUAAAAACAUGAACUUUGCUGUUAUUCAGGAAAUCACUCUGUGUCAGUUGUGUAUUUUGUUUUAUUUUUUCCUACUUCCUGUCUACACUCUGUCAUCUACUGUUACAUUUAUAUGCCAGCUGCUCCUCUGCUGGGUAGAUAGUAUUUUUGUAACUAUUGUACUAUUAUAUACAAAUAUGUACACUAAUAUAUACCAAUCAUUGAACCUGUGUGUUGCAAUAUGAGUAGAGUGGGUACUUUUGCACUUUUAGCUAGGAUUCCCAUUAAUGGUAAGCCAGCGCUACAUUGGUGCUAUAAUAAUUUUAAUAAUAAUGAUUAUUCAAAUUCUUUGGAGAUCCCAGGAUGGUGAAAUAAAGUUUAAAAUUUC